AUGCCAAGAAAAUACACUUCUAAAAAAGCUAACAAGGCUGCCAGAGCUACCACAACUACCACCACUACUACUGUCAAUGAUAAUGGCAGCAACAUUGAUUCUGCUGAGCAAACGAAUGCUGGCGAGAUUUUUGCUUUGAUGCGAAAAAGAUCUCAGGGGAUCGAUAAUUCUGAUGCAGAUUUAUCAUCAAAAAGACCUUGCUUGAACACAGUUCAGGCUUCAUCAGGUGAUGGCCAUACCAUUGACGAGGUUUACAAAAAAAUCUCAGAAGUCAAUACGUUUUUGCGUAGUGGCAAAACAACUAUUACUUCUGAAGAUAUAGAAGCAGAAGCAAGCAAGGCUGUUGAACAAGCUCUCUCACCUGAACGCUAUCCAGUCUUGGAUCAAUUAUUGCGAUCGUACAUACAAGAAGAACAGUUGUAUGAGAAAUAUGAUAAAACGCAAAGUGCAUAUUUUGAGGCAAACAGGCGUAUUAUCAAGUCUGUUGUAGAUUACCUUCGUAAUCAGGCUGAGGGCAAACUCAAUACACCAGGCAAAAUCAGAAGAAAGAUUUUGCGUUAUAUUUCAAGCCAAAAGUUGAAAAGAAAGAAGACUGACGAUCAAACUGCAGAAACGAACCGAGUUGGAUGUCUUUCCCAAAGACGUGUUCAGACACGAAACAAAAUAGCUUUAGCCUUAGAAACAAAUAGGGAAUACUUUGUCAAAACGUAUGGAGAGGGUCUUGAUGACUUUCUUCAUGCUGACUACAUGUCUGACCUGGAGACUGAUUGCGAAGUUGCAGACAACUCAUCUUCUGCUGAUCGAGUCUUUGGGCGAUUUCGUCCAAGUUGGAGAAGUGAAAAGGGUGACAAUUUCGUAGAAGAACUUGAUGCUAUUUAUCAGAAUAUUCCAAAAGGUAGCCAGACAUGCUCUUUUGACAGAAAGAUCUUGGGAAGAAGAGAAAAGAAGCUUACCGAUGCAAAGAUGAAAAAACUGCCUUCUUGGGCAAAGAAUUAA